AUGGUAGACCAAAUUCUACCAUAUCUCGAGGGAGAAAGGGUGGAGCCUCAGAUAGUUAUAGCUCAAUGCUUUAAACUGAGCAGGUGGAUUGAAAAAACAUCAGUGCAGAGUCACUUUGAGUAUUCUAAGUUACGUAUUAAUCCUGAUUUGGAAGAGGUUAGAGAUUUUCGUAACAGGUUUAAUGACAAAAAAAUUAAUGACAUUGAAAUGGUUCUUCAGGAUAUUAAAGGUGGUAAGAUCCGUACUUCAAUCCCAAAACUAUUGAUCAAGUGGAGAGGUAAUAUUUUGGAGUUUAACAUAAAUAACAGCAUUGGGUGUGUGUUGUUUGGAGACAUGGUAGACCAAAUUCUACCAUAUCUCGAGGGAGAAAGGGUGGAGUCUCAGAUAGUUAUAGCUCAAUGCUUUAAACUGAGCAGGUGGAAUGAAAAAACAUCAGUGCAGAGUCACUUUGAGUAUUCUAAGUUACGUAUUAAUCCUGAUUUGGAAGAGGUUAGAGAUUUCCGUAAUAGGAGGCUUUCUGAAAAACCGGCAAACUCGGCCAUAAUUAGUCAAGUUUCAUCCCAUGGCCCGCGAUCUAGUGACGACGAGCUAAAAAAGGGAGAUGUUGCUGAAAGGCCUAUAUGGAUUGUCGAUACAAUAGUUUCAAUUAACUCUGGCAAGAAUGAUUGGUAUUACAAAUCAUGUCGAAAAUGUUCAAAGAAAGUAGAAACUCCUAUUGGAAACAAAUAUGAGUGUGGUAGAUGUGGUCACACAUACGGAGCUGCAUCACUUAGGUUCAAAGUUGAGGUGAUGGUAUGUGACGGAAUGGGUAGCAUAACAUUGUUAAUGUGGGAUAGGGAAAGGUAUAGCUAUGUGGGAGGCAAACUGACCUGA